UUUGUACUAUUAGCUCUCUGAUAUGCUAUAAGUAGGUGGAGAGUAUACACCUCUUUACUCAAAAGAAAAAGAAGGAAAAAACAAAUCAAAGUAACACUUGAGAAUAUGGCUAUUCACAAAGUGGCCCUCCUCCUUUUAUUUGGAAUGAUUCUUCUUGCAAGUGAUUUCGAACAUGCAAACGCCAAAGCUUGCACUAAAGAAUGUGACGGUCGAAUUUCAUAUGGGCUUUGCCCAGUUUUACAAACUAAAAGAGUUGAUGGAAUAUGCAUCAACUGUUGUUCGGGUAUAAUAGGAUGUAAAUAUUUCAGUAAAGAUUACACUUUUAUUUGUAAUGGAGAAUCUAAAUGGUUUGGCGAGAAGGCUUGCACAAGAGAAUGUGACCCUCGAAUUGACAUUGGGAUUUGCGCAACUGAUCUAACUAAAAAAGUUGAUGCACUAUGCACCAACUGUUGUGCUGGUAAAAAGGGGUGUAACUAUUUCGACGAAAAUGGAACUUUCAUCUGUGAAGGAGAGUCUGGAGAAGAAAAUACUCUCCAGAAAAGCAAUCUUGCUAUUUCUUAAUCUAUAUAUGAAAUAAUGUUUGUUAUAUUUCUGUUGUGAGCUUUACCACAACUAGUGGCUAUGUAUAAUAGGUAAUAGGGUUGUGGACCUUUACCACGGCUUGUGUUACUUAAGUAUUUAUGUUAAAUAAAUGAAACACUAGUUUGUUCUAAGUUUUUAAUUUGA